UUUACAAAUUGUGUUUGAGCACCAUGGAACUUUUAGGUUCUACUUUAACGGCUACGUAUGCCCACCCUCAACCUGCCCCGACCAGCUUUCUACCAGCCAUUGGUACCAUAACGUCGAGCUAUCGGGACCGCUUUCCCCAUCGCAAUCUGACACACAGCUUGAGCCUUCCAUGGAGACCGAGCACCUACUACAAAACGGCCUACAACUACCCAACCUUGGCCCCGUACUCCUCCCCGAGUUCUCAGAGAGUGUGUGAGAGCACUAUGCUUCCCUUCGUAUCCAACAGAACCACCCUCUUCACAAGGUACACCCCUGACGACUGGUACCGUUCCAAUCUAGUCAGCUUCCAGGAGUCCAACAGCUCACGGCAUAAUUCAGAGAGACUCAGAGUGGAUACAUCUCGGCUCAUUCAAGACAAAUACCAGCAGAUCCGGAAGACCCAGGCUGACUCUACCCGAAACCUGGGAGAACGGGUCAAUGACAUAGCGUUUUGGAAAUCUGAAAUCACGCAUGAAUUGGAUGAAAUGAUCGGAGAGACAAAUGCUCUGACUGAUAUUAAGAGAAGGCUGGAAAGGGGUCUAAUAGAGACCGACGCCCCUCUGCAGGUUGCCCGAGAGUGUCUCUUUCACCGAGAGAAGAGGAUGGGAAUCGAUCUUGUUCACGAUGAAGUUGAGAAAGAACUAUUGGCAGAAGUUGAUACCAUUCUGUGUUGUCAAGAAAGAAUGAGGCGGCAUCUGGAUAAGGCGAUUGCUCAACUCGCCUCAGACAGAUCUGCACAGCAUGAGCUUGAGAAGGAUCUGAGUGACAAGCAAGCCGCCCUCCGGAUUGACGAUAAAUGCAAGCACCUGCGCAACACUUCCGAGGGCGUCAGCUACUUCCGGGGGGUGGAGAGAGUCGACGCAACGGUAUCAGUACCCGAGUCAUGGGCCAAGUUUACGGAUGACAAUAUUCUCCGCUCCCAGAGUGAGAGGGCGGCUUCUGCUAAGCUAAGAGAGGACACCGAGAACCUUCUGGUUGUGACAGCCAAUGAGAUGUGGAAUCAGUUCAACAAAGUGAACGUGGCUUUCACCAAUCGCAUUGCUGAGACUGUUGAUGCUAAGAACAAGAUCCACGUUCACUUGUCGAAGACCCUGCAGGAGAUCUUCCAGACUGAAAUGGCCAUAGAAUCCAUCAAAAAGGCCAUCAAGGAAAAGUCUGCCUUCCUGAAGGUGGCUCAGACGCGGCUGGAUGAGAGAACGAGGAGACCGAACAUAGAGCUGUGUAGGGACAUGGCUCAGUUACGCCUUGUUAACGAGGUCUACGAGGUGGACGAGACCAUCCAGACUCUGCAGCAGCGCCUGAGGGAUGCGGAGGACACCCUGCAGUCCUUGGCCCACACCAAAGCCACCUUGGAGCAUGACUUGGCUGUGAAAGCCAACACGCUGUACAUCGACCAGGAAAAAUGCAUGAGCAUGCGCAAUAGCUACCCCAACACUCUCCGGCUGGUUGGCUUCUGUUAGGGACCCUGGGAAGAGUAGGUUCCAAACUCCUAAACAAUGGUAGAAGGAAAAGUGUAUCUCAGCAUCUAAAUGAGUGUUAAUAUAGUCAC